CCUCUCAAUGCCAACAUCUGAUUUUACAAUCUUUUUCUCUAUAAUUUACCUCUUCCUUAAGUUGCUCUCCGACAGAAGAUAUGGGUGGUUUCACUUUUGCACAGGGCCUCCUCAUCCUGAUUGUAACUGCUUCCAUGUUGGCAGUUAGUACGGCCAACAAGGGUUGGCAGUUUGGCUUUAACAACAAUUGGCCUUACAAAGGUGGCCACCAUCAACCAAAAUAUAGACAAGCCCCAAACAAGAUCAUCGUUGGCGGCUCGGAAGGCUGGCGCUUCAACUUCAGCUACACUAAUUGGGCUCUCAAAAAUGGCCCCAUUUACAUAAACGAUACUUUGGUUUUCAAGUAUGCUCCACCAACAACAGACAAUACCACGAUUCCUCACAGCGUAUACUUGCUACCCAACUUUCGGAGCUUCUUAACGUGCAACUUAACUGGAGCGCAGAUGUUGGCCAACGUGACACAAGGCGGCGGGGAUGGCUUCGAGUUCGUGCUCAAAGAGUGGAAGCCUCACUACUUUGCUUGCGGUCAACACGAUGGGGUUCAUUGCGACCUUGGAAAAAUGAAGUUCUUUGUCAUGCCAAUGCUCCGUUGGUUUAGAUAGAUGAUUAAAUAUUAUUAGAGAAAGUGACGCCGGAAACUUACUAUCACUUGCUCAUCUUUUUUUCUUUCUUUAAUCUUCUUAUGUUUGUCUGGCAUUAAAUAAGAGCUAAGCUGUAAUUUUUUUUUUUUAAUUAAAUCCUUAUAUUGGUUUGGAUGUUAUACGUACGGAGGUGUUCUAGUUCUGCAUCCUUGUUGUUCCUUAUUGUAUUGUUUUGUUGGCUAUGUGGACUGAGAGGAAUGUUCAAGGUU